AUGGGGAGAAACGACGCGUACAGAUGUAGAGCCCUCCUCUGGCAGAUCUGCAGAAGGACGUUUGUAAUCACGCCCCUUUGGGCGGGCAAAUCAAACAAGGGAUUUAUUACCAAGCUGGGAAAGGUAGCACCCAUGGAGGGAAAACAAAUCACACGAACAGAUAAAAGAACAUUGUUCCUCACUGUACACACAAAAGGUAAAGAGACGACAGAGGUGAAGGACACAAAUGCAUUCCCUGCUACCUCCCCCAUAAGAACCACCUUGAAGAAGUACAAGAUACACAUAAUAUACUAUUCCGUUUUGUUAUCCCUCUUUUCUACGUUCGCGUAUUGCGUUGUAAAGCUUCUAAUUAUGGUUCUGCACGAACCAGUGUGUGUUAAACUGGUAAAGGAGAAAGUCUUAAUGGAUGAAAAGUUGGUAGAAGAGUAUGGUGAAAUAAUAUUUGCUCGCUUCUGGACCGGCUAUAUAAAUGAGGAUCACGCUCGAAUAAUUAUUAACGUAAAGAGUCACACGGAAAAAAAUAAAAAGGGUAAAGUGGUUGCGAACCUUGCCAAGCAGAAGGAUGACACUUGGGUCAUUAAGACCUUAACAUAUUACACGGUUAAAAAAAAUGAUAAUGUACACACCGACGAUUUGAAGACGCUGCGGCAAGGUGAUGGCCAGGUGUCCCUGUGCCCCGUGGACCACCAGUCUUUGGGCGCGCGCAGGGUUAAGGGUUAG